AUGACGACUCCGUUUCCCCUCUUACGUCUUCCAAGACUUGUACUGAUUCCUGUUCUCCAACAAAUGGAACCGAUUGAUAUAAUCGCUUUAUCUCUCCUCUCCAAUCGAGCAAGACUCCUGACGAAAACCGCUGGUCUAUCAGUAACUUCAAUCAGUAUUUUGGCUAAAAAUCGCAUUCUCAAUAUUGACAUGGUCCAGAGGGAUGGUAAAAAUAUACUUAUCUCUCUCAUGUCUCAAAAUCAUACGGAAUUUGUGAUAGUUUUUGUCGACUACUAUACACCUGUAUGGCGCAUUUUGGGGCUUUCGACGGCUGAAUGCAUUCAUCGGAUUCUGGAUGUAACCAAUUGUGAAUCAAUUCAAAAAUUGAAAUUCUGCGAAGCAGUAUCAUUCGAUGCACUUCCGAUUCCUGCGACACUUCCACAUAUUAAACAAAUCUAUAUCUCGCGUGACUGUAACGAAGUUUUUGUUCACAAAAUGUUGGAAAUGCUCUCGAAAGUGACCUCGAAUAUUAUUAUGUGGCAAGACCGGUUCGCAAACCUUGAACAAUUUCAAAAAGUUCUUAUGUUGAACAUGUAUAGCAUCACAAUCAAUGUUAUGAAUAUUAGGGACCCAACCCGUGUUCGACUAUCUCUAGAUGACCUUCUCAUUUGCAAUGCUGUACAUCUACAUCUUUAUGAUGUCAUAAUUAGUGUGAAAACUCUCAACCGCUUUUUCAAGUUGUGGAUGAGAAAAAAGUCUAAUCCCCGGUUGGAACAUUUCAUACUCAUUACUUCGGAAGAGGUGAGUCCAGAUGUCCUCCUGAAGGGACUCAAUGCUAUUGAGAUGCCACAAACUACAACAAGAACAUUCCGAGCCUCGGACUAUCCAAAUUCUCGAUGCCAAGAAAAGGUUGUGACUGGAGGGAUGGAUGUGAUGCGAUCGGAUGGGACACGAGCAACUUUGGAAAUUAAAGCGAUGCCUGGAAUAAGUGUUGUUGAGUUUUAUGCCCUAUUUUUCUAUGGGACGUUUUUAAAAUAA